AUGGUUAUCAUCUGCUUCUGUGGCUAUCUAAUCUAUCCUGAAUUGCCCAGCCCAUUUCCAUCCCCGCUCCUACCCUUUUCCCAUCCACUAAACAUCCCACCUUUGGUGAUCACAAUGCACUGGACCUUGCUCUGUCUCGUCUUUUCCCCACUAGUGAUAGCCUCUGAACAUGGUUUACCUAAAUUUAUCUGCAGUCCUAUGCCAUUGGAUAUGGAUAGUGGUUGCCAUUCAAAUGGCCAUCAACGACAUGGAGGCGCAGCUAAUGGUGCAGGCAAUGGCCAUUGGGUGGGGACUCUAGAAGAAGCUAAGGAAACCAUCCUGCAUCUGAGGGAGACAGUGGUGCAUCAAAAGGAAAUGAUCCUUGACCAGAGGGAGACCAUGAGAGAACUGACAGCCAAGCUGAGCCGCUGUGAAACUCAUUCCCGGAGGCAUAGUGAACAUCAUGGAAAUCAUCAGGAAGAGAAUCAUAACCAUAAGCACGGCCAUCAUGAAGUUGGGCAUCGGGGCCAUCAUGACAAUGGCCAAAGGGGACAUCAUGAGGAUGCCCACCAGUCUCACCAUGAAGAUGGCCAUAGGGGACACCGUGACACUGGCCAUCAAGAUCUCCAUGAAGGCCACCAUGCCCAAGAGAAUGAGCAUCAUCAGACUGCAGAACCAGGGAACCAUGAACCACAGGUCGGGCACAACGCUCAUGAUUCUUCUCACAAGGGAUCUACAUCUGCUCAGGCUAAUGCUAUGGAAGAUCCACCCAAUGAGGCAUCUGCUGCAAUACAUCAGAUGGAGAGAAUGUUGAAAUCCCUGAAGGAGAGACUGGAGCACUUACAGCACAACUGGAAUAGUUCAACCUUCCCCACCUCCAUGUGGGAUACUCUUCAGGAAAAGAUCAGCAUGUUGGAGCAUCAGAUCCAUGAGAAAUCCAACACUUCAGAACGUCAGACGCACAGCGUACCAAAAGCAACGGGGAUGAGACAAAGGCAUGCUUCACAUGGACGCACGAUGGAGAAAGCGCACUGCCAUGUUUCUGCUUUCUUCUGUCCUCCAGGGAACAAGGCAGAUAAGCAUUCCGAACAUUUUCAUGUGGAUUUCCCCCUUCGCACCAACUACAUGUAUAUCAAGAUCAAGCGCACUCUGCAACAUGAAAUCUUUGCCUUUUCCAUCUGUCUCUGGCUCAAGUCAACUUCAUCCCCAGGGAUAGGCACACCUUUCUCCUACUCAGUGCCCAACCAAGCCAAUGAAGUGGUGCUUAUUCAAUGGGGAAAUAACCCCAUGGAGUUGCUCAUCAAUGAUAAGGUUGCCGCUUUGCCAUUAGCCAUUAAUGAUGCCAAAUGGCACCAUAUCUGUGUGACGUGGUCAACUCGGCAUGGCACCUGGAAAUCUUACCAGGAUGGUGUCCAAAGAGGGAGUGGGGAGAACCUGGCUCCUUGGCAUCCUGUGAAACCUGGAGGUGUUUUCAUACUAGGCCAGGAGCAGGACACUCUCGGUGGGCGCUUUGAUGCCACUCAAGCUUUUAUUGGGGAAAUGUCAGAUUUCAACAUGUGGAGCUAUGUUGUGACACCUGCUGAAAUUUACAAGAUGGCAACCUGCAGUAGCUCCAUUGGUGGUGAUCUUAUCAAUUGGACUGAAAACUCUAUAGAACUUCAUAGAGGAGUGAUCAAACUACCGUAUAAUGCCUGCCACUAA